AUGCCUCCCUCAACAUCCUAUCCCCCAGCGAAGCCGCCAGACUCGCCCGUCGACGACUCCGAUUCCGAUCUCGACCUCGACCUUGAAGAGCUUGAUCCCCAACCCGUUUCUGGAGUCGAGCAACCAGUGAGGAGGAGCUUGCUAGGACAGACGCGCGAGACGCCCGAACAACGAACACCCAGAAUCGCCCUGCGCACGCUUCGAAUGGGCGGGUUACGACGUGGCGCCAAACGCAAUGGGUAUGGGGAGCUAGGGCGCAGUCAGGACGGGGGCAGCGAUGAUGCUCAAGGAUUGUUGAGAGAUGGAGAUGGAGGCGAUCGGCGGUAUUCAGACGCCAGUGCGGCCGGGGGGGACGAUGCGCCACUCCUCAGCGAACAUGGCCAGGGGCAGGAUUCCGGCAAACGGCGAGCGUCAUUCACCCGCGAUGGAUGGCGCCGGUUUGGCCUAAGGCUCCCUAGUUUCAUGUCGGGCGCGGCUGCACCUCGUGAUAACCCCGGAGAGGAGCUCGACAAAGAGGAGGACGACCCGUCGUCAUCGAGGUUGGUGGCUGUCGGUUCGUUCCAGUCGACCCGUUUCCCCCCGAACAUUAUCUCCAACGCCAAGUACACGGCCUGGAGCUUUCUGCCCGUCACGCUCUACAACGAGUUCUCCUUCUUUUUCAAUAUGUACUUCCUUUUGGUAGCCGUCUCCCAGGCCAUCCCAGCGCUACGGAUCGGCUACCUCUCGACAUACAUCGCACCGCUAGCAUUUGUGCUUGUCAUCACGCUCGGCAAGGAGGCCUACGACGACAUCGAGAGACGGAGGAGGGAUAAUGAGGCAAAUUCCGAAGAAUACACGGUUCUGCAAUUCGACGAGCCCGGGAAGGCGGGGGCUGCGAGGGCUGCGAGGAAGAGAAAGUCCACCCACGUACAGAAAGGGUCCAAGCGUUAUAAUGUCUCGGAGAGGGAUAGACUCUCGGACAUACAGGAGGAGGAGGAACAGACAGAGGGAGAUGGGGCUAGGAGACCGCCGUCAUGCGUUGUCUCGGAAGUGAGCAAGAAAUCACGGGAUCUCAAGGUCGGCGACAUUCUCAAGCUUAACAAGGGGCACCGUGUGCCCUCAGACGUCAUUAUCCUGAAGUGCCUAUCGAACGAUCCAGCCGCGCAAAAAAACGAGGACGAAAACGAGGAAACGGCCCCUCAGGAAGAGUCAUUGCUACUGGACCAUGCGUCCGAGGCUGGAGAGGGCAGCUCAGGGGCCGGGCUUGAUGUUGAGGAAGUCUCCGGGGCCGCGGAAGGCGGCUCGAAUGGAGAAACAUUUAUCAGGACAGAUCAGCUCGAUGGCGAAACUGACUGGAAACUACGGUUGGCAUCUCCAUUAUCACAGAACCUACCCACCGAAGAGUUGGUCCGUCUCCGAGUCACCGGGGGGAAACCCGACAAAAAGGUCAACGAAUUCAUUGGCUCUCUGGAACUACUGCCUUCACGACACGACGCCAUGAGUACCACCGCCUUCUCACAGGAUGAGGCUGGCGGCUUCAAGGCGGCGCCUCUCUCCAUCGACAAUACCGCCUGGGCAAAUACUGUCAUCGCUUCGCAUGCCACGACCCUGGCAGUAAUAGCAUACACCGGACCGCAGACUCGUUCUGCCCUCUCCACCGCCCCCUCUCGGUCCAAGACUGGUCUCUUGGAGUAUGAGAUCAACUCGCUCACCAAGAUUCUCUGCUUCCUCACGCUCGCGCUUUCCAUCAUCUUGGUUGCGCUGGAAGGGUUCAGCAACACCAAAGGGAAUAUCUGGUACGUCAAAAUCAUGAGAUUCCUGGUCCUGUUCUCGACCAUUGUGCCCAUCAGCCUGCGAGUGAAUCUCGACAUGGGAAAGAGCGUCUACUCCUGGUUUAUCCAGCGGGAUCCAGGCAUCCCUGGCGCCGUCGUGAGGACCAGCACCAUCCCAGAGGACUUGGGGCGGAUUGAGUACUUGCUCAGUGACAAGACGGGUACCUUGACCCAGAACGAGAUGGAAAUGAAAAAGAUCCACGUCGGCACUGUGUCAUACGCCAACGAUGCCAUGGACGAGGUCUCAGCCUACGUGCAGCAAGGCCUCCACCUCCCCCCUUCGAGCGGCAACACGGCGCUGGUGACCCCGUCAACAUCCCUCUCAUCGGCCGCAAAUGUCGGCGCGACAAGGACACGGCGAGAAAUUGGGUCUCGCGUCCGCGAUGUCGUGCUUGCCCUCGCGCUCUGCCACAAUGUGACGCCAACCACCGAAGAGGACGAGGAAGGCCGAUUGGUAAAAUCAUACCAAGCCAGCUCGCCUGACGAGAUUGCCAUUGUCCGCUGGACCGAAUCUAUCGGCCUACGUCUUGCGGCCCGUGACCGCAAGAGCAUGGUUCUCGAGUCUACCGAGACGGGCCGGCCUGUGGUCAAGGCCCGCAUUCUGGAUAUUUUCCCUUUCACCUCGGAAGGCAAGCGCAUGGGUGUCAUUGUGCAGUUCUACGAAAAGCUGCAGGCCGGUGCCCCAAAAUUGGGCUCGAGUGAGAUUUGGUUUUACCAAAAAGGCGCCGACACCGUCAUGGGCUCCAUCGUCGCGGCGAAUGACUGGCUCGAUGAGGAGACGGCAAAUAUGGCACGCGAAGGCCUCCGGACGCUUGUUGUCGGGAGAAAGCGGCUGUCGACCGCCGAGUACCAGGAGUUUACAGCCAAGUAUCAGGAAGCGUCCUUGGCCAUUACCAGCCGCGAGGCCGGGAUGCAAGCUGUCGUGUCCCGCUAUCUCGAGCACGACCUGGAGUUGCUCGGCGUGACCGGUGUUGAGGAUAAACUGCAAAAGGAUGUCAAGCCGUCGCUCGAGCUCCUACGGAACGCCGGCAUCAAGAUUUGGAUGUUGACAGGCGACAAGGUAGAGACGGCACGUUGCGUCGCCGUCAGCUCCAAGCUAGUUGCCCGAGGUCAAUACAUUCACACGGUGGCUAAGCUCCGCCGGAAAGACGCUGCGCAAGAGAACCUCGACAUCCUCCGCAGCAAGACCGACUCCUGCCUGCUCAUCGACGGCGAGAGUCUCAGCAUGUACCUCACGCACUACCGCACCGAGUUUAUCUCGGUUGCGGUCCUCCUCCCAACCGUCGUCGCCUGCCGGUGCUCGCCGACGCAGAAGGCCGAGGUGGCCAAGCUCAUCAAGGAGUACACCAAGAAGCGGGUGUGCUGCAUCGGCGACGGCGGCAACGACGUCUCCAUGAUCCAGGCGGCCGACGUUGGCGUGGGUAUCGUUGGCAAGGAAGGUCGCCAGGCCAGUCUGGCGGCCGACUUUUCGAUCGAGCACUUCUUCCACCUGACCAAGCUGCUGGUCUGGCACGGCCGCAACAGCUACAAGCGCAGCGCGAAACUGGCGCAGUUCGUCAUCCACCGUGGCUUGAUCAUCGCCGUCUGCCAGACCAUGUACAGCAUUGCGCUCAAUUUUGAGCCUGAGGGUCUCUACAAGGACUGGCUCAUGGUCGGCUACGCAACCGUGUACACAGCAAUGCCGGUGCUCUCGCUGGUGCUCGACAAGGACGUGGACGAGGAGCUAGCCAACCUGUACCCGGAGCUGUACAAGGAGCUGACGUCGGGCCGCUCGCUGUCCUACCGCACCUUCUUCGUCUGGGUCUUUGUGUCGGUCUACCAGGGCUGUCUCAUCCAGGGCCUCUCGCAGGUCCUGACCGAGGUCGAUGGCCCCCGCAUGGUGGCCGUCAGCUAUACCGUGCUGGUGCUGAAUGAGCUGCUGAUGGUGGCGAUCGAGAUCACGACGUGGCAUUGGGUGAUGGUGGUGUCGAUUGUGGGGACGUUUGUUAUGUUUGUGGGGUCGAUUCCGUUUUUAGGCGGGUAUUUCGAUUUGGGCUUUUUGUUGACUCUGGGUUUUUACUGGCGGGUGGCUGCCAUCGGGGCCAUGUCCUUGAUCCCCACGUAUGCGGCCAAGAUUAUACAGCGGACCAUGAAACCGCCUUCGUACCGCAAGGUCCAGGGGAUUUGA